AUGAGCAGUGAUCCUCAAACUGGAACAAGCACUAACCGGGCAAAUACACUUCAAAUUCCCAAUGUAGGAAUUGAAGAGACAGGAGAACUAUCACCAUCUUUAAUAACGGCAAUUAAUCACCUUUCAAUUGAGAAUUCUGACGAUGAAUCGUCUUCUGAUGAUUUAGAAGAAGACUCGGACACUUUAAGGAAUGAGUCGUCUUAUGCGAAUUCUGCAUUUGAUGAAUCCACUACUACAUUAUCCCAACCUGUUGGUCCUGCAGAACAUUUAAGGGCUUUAAUUAUAAAUAGACCAACCGCUCAAAUGAUCACAACUUUUAGAUUACAAAAAACGCGAGAAGAAAUGACCCAGGAAGAAGUAGUUAAAUUCGUAUUGAAUCCUGUUCCGCAAGGUCAAAAAGUUCUUUGCAAAAUAACUCGUAGUAAAGAUGGUUUUGGAAAAUUGUAUCCUCAGUACGAACUUUCUAUUGAAGAUACGUCAGAAAAUGGGGAAGAGACAAAAAUAUUUCUUCUUGCUGCUAGAAAAAGAAAAAAGAGUAAAAGCUCUCAUUAUGUCAUAACAACAGAUCGACUUAGCGCAAAUGUCUCGUCUGAUAAUAUUGUAGGAAAGGUCAGAUCUAAUUUCUUGGGUACAGCUUUUGCUAUAUAUUCAAAUGGGAGAAAUCCAUUUAAACGUGAACCCGAAUCAACAGCUUUGCCUAUUCGAGAAGAAUUGGGAGCAGUUGUUUAUGAUCCUAAUAUCCUUGGGUUUAAAGGACCCAGGAAAAUGACUGUCUUAUUAAUAGGUAUGACGAAGCAUGGUGCAAGACCGGUAUUUAGACCGGAGACGGAUGCAGAAACAUUGAUUGGAAAGUUCAAAAAUGGAGAACAUCGAGAUAUUUUGGUAUUGCAUAAUAAAUCUCCACAAUGGAAUGAAGAAACACAGUCAUAUGUUUUAAAUUUCAGUGGAAGGGUUACUUUGGCCUCAGUGAAAAACUUUCAAAUUGUACACGACAAUGAUUUGGAUUAUAUCAUAAUGCAAUUUGGACGCGUUGAAGAAGAUACAUUUACGAUGGACUUUAUGUAUCCGAUGUGUCCUCUCCAAGCGUUUGCUAUCGCUUUAACAAGUUUUGAUGCGAAAUUGGCUUGUGAAUAA